UAAAAUCCAUGAUGGCGGACGACGAUAUUUCGAAAUAAAAUAUAAUUUAGGUUCCGUUUAUCUUCACGUUUAUCGAUCAGAGAUGCCCAGGGAGACUGACUGUGGCUGCUGUGAAGCACAACGAGCAUUCGUAGUCUGUUAUGAGUGCGGGAAAGGAGGAAAUAAGAAAAGUGUUCCGUUAUGUAAAGACUGCAGUUCUUUCAUCCACCGCGGUUUGUUGAGUGGACAUCAGGUUUCCAGUAUUGGUCACCAUAAUGACCGUCAUCUCUACGACAGGGGCUCACCUGCACAAACUCAGGUGAAAACAGAGCCUGGUUUUUACGAGUCACAUUCCUCAAAGGGAAACUCUGGCUUGAGCUACGCUGAGAGAAAUGAAUCAAGCACGCGGUCCAGCUCAAAAUAUGGUGACAGAAAUGGGGCGCAUUCAACAAGCCAAAAUCGUUCAAAUUCCAACUAUACAACAACAGAUCAAAACAAGUCACGUUCCACUUCUGGUUAUGUGGACAGAACAGAGUCACACUCUGUGGCCCAAGCUGCUUCAAGUUCUACUUAUAAUCGUACUGAGUUAUACCCAGAGCCUGGUCAUCUAGAUGAUGCCAUAACUCACCAAGAGUCUAACCUUGCCGCGAAUGGCCUCAGUUUGAGCGAUUAUGGACAAACUACAUCAUAUCCAGAUAGUCGCAUUCAGCGUGAUUAUGGUGACCGGAAUUCUCUGGUUGGGUUCCCGUCAGACCGGGAUGAUAACGUGGUCACGUCCACUUACCCAACUCAUCAGCCGAUGCCGUCCCUCCCGAAUCAGGAACGAGGGAGGCCUGGUGUUUACCCACUUUUGCCAAAGGUCAGAUACAUGGACGAUGAGAUUUUCAAAGUUGAAGUGAACAGUAGUCUCCAUCCUGAUGGCACGUUCUGGGCUGCAUUGGUCAGGACGGAGGCAGAGGAGGAAGAAUUUAAGAGAUUUGAAGACGAUCUGGGGUACAGCGCCAGUUCAGCGUUGUCGUGUGAUCGCCUUGAACAAGGUGCGGAGGUCUUGGCAAACGUCAAGAGCACGUGGUGCCGGGCUAAAAUGGAAUACGACAUAGACAGUUUGAAUUACAAAAUCCGUCAGACAGACUAUGGCAGUAGUGCUCGCGUCAACCAGAAUCGAUUAAAGAACUUACCCCUCAAGUUUUAUACCGUUCCGUACCAAGCCCUCAGGUGCUGCAUUGCGAGCAAAGAAGUGGAAACAUUUGACAGGGACUCGCAGAGCUUAUUCCACACCCUGACGGAACGAAGGAGCCUUGUCGCACAAGUGAUUCAGUGUGAUACGCAGAACAAAACUUUUUAUGUGAAACUACUUCAAAACUUAGAGAAUGGACUGGAGCAGAUUAACAUAUCAGAAAGAGUUUUACAAAAAGCUGCGAUCAGCCUCGGUCACGCCCUGCCAGACACUAAGGCACUUGACCUCAGGGUGACCAAGUACUUCUCCUCAGAAUCAAGUAAAGAUGAUGUUACGGAGGUGAAGCUGUCUGGAGAUCCCCUUGACCCAGGCAACCGCAAGCGCUCGAUGGUCAUGAUUAAUCAAAGACAAAAAGUGUUGAGGGGAACUGUGAUGCCAAAGACAGAUGAACACGGCCAACCUCGUUGUUUCCACUGCAAUCAUUAUGGACAUUUUGCCAAAUUCUGUCCGAGGAAAACGUGUCGAGGUUGGAAGAGAAAGAAAUGAGGGUGACCAAGACUGAUAAAUCGAUGCUACAGGCUGCCAAGUGGUGCUAACAACCACAUCACUGUUUUAUCAAGUUUAUGCCAAAACAUGGUGGAUUUCUGGACCAAGGAUUGUACCGAGACGUGCGGUGAACUGACGUUAACUCCUUAAGUUGUGUUCCCAGUUUAUAGCUGGGGAAAAUGGUUGAGUUAAUAGCCGUUGUUCCCCCUGAGCAUGUUGACUUGACUUGAACUGUUUUCAAUGAUGAUAACAGGGAAAGUCUCGGAAGUCUCAUUUGACGAGCACUGCUGUUAAAUACAUGAAGCAUGCAGUUAAGUCCAAAACAAACAACAUCAGUUUCACUUGACAAAAUGCAAAGAAGUUAGAAAUUUCAAAAGGAAAUGUUGGGAAGUUCAGGUACGGUAUCUCCAUAUAAGUUUUGUUGUAAAUUAGCACUUCUCAUCUGCAUUUGGCGUGAUCAAAACACCUGCAAUAUGAAAUUGCAUUUGUUUGUUUUGGAUUUGACUUUUUCAUUAGUUUUCAAAGUUUUACCAGAUACUGAUGUGCUCAUUUUCAACUUACAAGUUGAGCUCUGCGAAUGUUUCCAGCUGUUGAUUUGUCAAGAGAUUGUUUAUUGAUUGUUCUCGACCGUGUUCAUUGUAAACACGGUACUUCGUUUUAGGAAAUGUUUGCAAAGUUGCAAAUUUUAGCAAAAAGUAGAAGGUGCACGUAACGUUGUGAAGAAAAGUGACCAUGAUGAAAAUGGAACAGCUGAUUACUAUAAUGUGUACAAAUCAGCUUGCUCUUGAGAUACGUUUGUGAGCUUCCCAUCAGAUGGCAUGACUGUCUCCCUGUCGCUGAUCGGUUUCUCAAUCCGUGUGUUCAUAAACAUUAUUCAGUAAUAGGUCACAAAUUGUGCUAUGUUAAAUUGAAGUCCACAGGGUGAUAGCACCGAUUCAUUCAUCCCUUUUGUGGGAUUGGCCUUAACUUGCUUACCUCAAGGAAAGGAAGGAUGGGAGAGGGGAAUUAACUUUUAGGUGGAUUCUGAAGGUAGAGAAAAUGCUUUUAAGAAUUGGGACGCAACUUAAAACUGUAUGUUAAGUCUUAAUCAAAUCAUUGUGAGAAGCACUGUCCGUCAGAGUAUGUUGUCGAUUGCAUUCCCUGGUAAGAGUUACUGUCAGUUGACGCAGGGCAUUUGCAAGUUUUUAAUAAAAUAAUUUUACGUUA